AUGGCGGUGCUGCUGAAUCGGAUGGCCCUGGUGGCGGUCGUGUUGGCGCUGCUGGUAGCCAUGGUGGUGGCCCAGGCUCAUGAAAUUGGUACAGUUGUGGAGCUGCCAGCUAAUUUUACCUUGGGAUCGUUUGAGGUUCAAGUAGCAAAGGGGGUGACGGUCGUGGGGCCACAUGGGACGGCCUGGCAGUCCGGCUUGCCCGUGGCUGAGCUGACCCUGCUCAACUUUUCCAUUGAUGGGCGCGAUGGUGUCUUUGCCGAAAACGGCAAGGCCCUGGAUCAGGCCCAAGCCUUGACUUUAGUCAACGCCACGCUGGAGCACAGCUGCUUGAAUAUUGUGGGCUGGUUCGACAACGCGACGACCGCCACCUUGUCCCUGUGCAUGACCAACCUCUCAGAUGCUCAGCUCCAUGCCACGCUCGCCCUCGGACCGACCUCGCGCUGCCAGUCCUAUGGCGCCGCAGGUACAGGGCCUGUCUGCCAGCUGGCAUUGCACACGGCUUCCCAAGCCCACCGGAAAUACCAUGGCUUUGGGGAACAAUAUUCGGUACUUGACUUUAAGGGCCGUCGCGUGCCCAUCAUGGUGGCCGAGCAAGGGGUGGGGCGUGGGCUCGAGCCUCUGACCUACUUUCUCAACACCUUUCAUGAUGGUUCGGGUGGCAACUGGGCAACCACCUAUGCCCCAAUUCCACACUACAUGACCUCGGAUCUGCAAAGCGUCUACUUUGAGGAUGACCUCUUCAUGUUGGUUGAUCUCACACAAGCCGACAUCACCACCAGCUACCACUUUGCCAGCGCCACAAGCUGGUACAUCAUGACGGCCUCGUCACCCAAGGGCCUGGUGUCUGAAUAUGCCCGGCAUCUUGGACGUCAGCCCAUGCUACCGGAAUGGAGCCUGUCCGGUCCUAUCAUUGGGUUCUACGGUGGCACAGACCGCGUCUUGGAGCUGUAUCGCAAUGUGACCGCUCUGGGCAUGAAUGUGACGGCUUUUUGGCUUCAGGACUGGACCGGCGAGCGCGAGACAGUGUUUGGGGAUCGCCUUUGGUGGAAUUGGGUGGUGGAUGAGGAGCAUUAUCCCAACUGGGACUCCAUGGUGCACACCCUCAAAGCAAACGGCACCCGCGUCCUCACGUACAUCAAUCCAUAUCUCGCUGCCACCCGCGAUCCCAAAAGUUCUUCCCCCUUUCUGUUUGCAGAAGCGGCCAAAUUGGGCUUUCUGGUGAAGAACAGCACUGGCGACCCAUACAUUGACUACUCGGCUUCAAAGGAUUUCACGUUCGGGACGAUCGAUCUGACCAAUCCUGAGGCCCAAACUUGGUAUGCCAACAUUAUGCAAACUAACAUGCUUGAUCGGGGCCACUCUGGUUGGAUGAGCGAUUUUGGCGAGUACCUGCUCUUUGAUGCCCGCCUCAACCAGUCCACGCCAGCUGCUGUCCACAACCGCUUUCCCGAGCUGUGGUCGGAGACCAAUCGCCUUGCCAUCACCAAUCAAGACGGGACGCUCAAGGACGCUCUUUUCUUCUCUCGGAGUGGUUUUCGCCAGAGCCCAACCUAUAGCACACUUUUUUGGAUGGGCGACCAAUUGCCGACCUACGAUAGCUGCGACGGGCUACAGUCGAUGCUGAUUGGCCGUCUCAACAGCGGACUUUCUGGGUUUGCACUGAGCUCCUCAGAUAUUGGCGGGUAUACCAUGGUCAACGUGCCAGUGGUCAAAAUUCGUCGUUCCAAAGAGCUCUUACUUCGGUGGAUGGAGACGUCUGCAGUGACUGACAUGAUCUUUCGCUCACAUCAAGGCAAUGCACCCAACGCGAGCUGGCAGGUGUACUCCGACGACGCCACGCUUCGCUGUUUUGCGCGGGCAGCUGCCCUUCAUGACCUCUUUGUGCCUUACCGUAAAGCUUUGAUGGCAUCUUACCAAACGGAUGGACUCCCACUCAUUCGGCCGCUCUGGCUAAACUUUCCGGACAUUGCCAUGGACACGGGUUUCAACAACAAUACUGGUGGUGCUUGCAAUGCCGUUCCCGAGCUGCAACUGAUGCUUGGAGAUGACAUUUUGUUUGCUCCAAUUCUCGAGGCGCAGCAGACCUCACGGCGCGUGACCUUUCCCACUGGCAUUUGGGUCGACAUUUGGUCACAGCGCCAGUAUUUAGGUCCUCAAACAACGACACUGCAGCUGCUGGGCUCGGAUUGGGACGAUUCAGACUUGGUCAACGCUUACGAGAACGCCGUCACCAGCUUUGCCGAGGAGGAGGUUGAUGAGCAGGCUGAACAUGGCUUGAGCAUGAGUGAUUUGGCAAACGCCGCUGGCGCUGCAGCUCGCCGUGCAGGGCAAUGGCAGGUCGGGGAUAUGUGCCAGGCUCGAUGGUCUGAGGACCAGGAGGUGUACGAUGCAGAGAUAAAGCGGAUAGAUGCGGCGCGCGGGGAAUGCCUCGUCUUGUACGUGGCAUACGGCAACAGCGAGGUCCAGCGCUUGCUCGACCUGCUUCCGGCUGGGAGCGUGGACACAAGUUUUCAUUACGCGGAGGAGACUGAAAAUGGCGUGGUGACCGAACCCUCCGCAUCUUCGACAGCAGCGCCGGCCCCGCCGAGCCAGGUUGCCUCAGAGACUGCUCGGGCGCCAUCCACCGGCGCAGUUGAACAGAACGGCGUGGGGACACGCUUAGAAAACGGAUUGCCAGCAGGCCCCAACUCAGGGCCACUCUCAGGGCCAGAGGUGUUGGCCAACAUGACCAUGCAUUGGUACAAUGCCGGCUUUUAUACAGCUGCAAGUCAGACCCUCAAUGGCAAGCUGAGCCCUGUGAGGCGUUCCUGCGUGUUGCGCGAGCCCGAGCCCGAGCCCGACGUUCGCGACCCCACGACGCGCUUUCAACACUAUCAGCAGCAACCCUGGCCCCUCUCUGCUGCGCGGACCUUUUCGUCCUCAGUUGUCCAGACUCACCACACAACCGAAACCUCGCCGAGCAAGAAAGUGGCUGCAUGGGCAAUAACACGACACAACCGCAUGGGGUUUGUCAGCAGCCAAGCGUUUGGGGGACAAAAGACUUAG